CACGUACGCGCACUGCGCCACGACCUUUAAUGGGCGCAGCUUCCCUGGAACCCAAUUACUCCCUUAACUUCGGAUGGAAACCGUCUCCGCUUGAUUCUCCUAGCUGAACGAUAUUUUCUCAACUUUUCUUCAGUGAAUAAACCGAUACAUGGUUUGGUGAAUAAAUCAGCGAAGUAUAAUUCGAUAAAUUGCGUGACGUUCGAAGCGGGAACUUGAUUAAAAAAAUUAUUUGUAUCGAACAAAAAUACGUACGUAUACGGGAAACACGAGCUGUGUUUACCCUGGAGGUGUUCGUCGUUUGGAACAGUUCCAUGUUCUUGAAUUGUUUAUAAAUGUUUCCUCGGCGUCUAUUGAGGGUGAUGCUCGGAAGAUUGUACGAUGUCCCGUAAAUGGUAUUUGUUGAAGAAACCAAAGGAAGUGUGAAGAGUUCGAGAGCCCUUUAAUUAGGUACUAGGUUUCUCGGCUUUGUCCGCUGGGAUAUCUUAACAGUGUACGCUACGAUCUACGAUGAUCAUGUAUACAGUCGCGGAAGAUCACAUGGGCGAUACUGAAAUCGCACAGGUGAUAGCAUUUAUAUGUGGAAUAAUAGUAAUAUUAUUGAUGAUAAUGGGCUUAGCCUCUACAGACUGGUUAAUGGCAUUAGGAUGGAGACAAGGUUUAUUUGCACAUUGCAUUGAAGAAGCAGCACCUACACCCUUACCAUUUAAUGUACCAGAUUCAGCAGGCUGUUUUCAAGCUAGAGACGUUGCUUAUAUAAAAGCAGCUGCUGCCUUAUGUGUCGUAUGCCUAAUAACAGAUAUUGCAGCAACAAUUCUGACUGGUCUUGGUUUGAGGUCACAAGAUAAUCGUGACAAACACAAAUAUUAUAGAUUUGCAGUUUUCUGCAUGGGAUUUGCAUUGGUAUCACUCCUAAUAGCUUUAGUAAUAUAUCCAGUGUGUUUUGCCGCGGAACUUAACUUUGGAAACCGACCCAUGUGGGAAUUUGGUUGGGCAUAUGGAGUGGGUUGGGGUGCAGCUAUAUUUUUGUUCGGUGGAGCAGUGUUGUUACUAUGCGAUAAGGAAAGCGAAGAAAUUUACUAUAAAGAAAGAAAAAUCGUUCGCGAUGAUAUCGGCGGUGGCGGUGGCGGUUCUAUGAUUGGUAUGGGACAUCAUGGUGGACGAAGUGGGACGCAAUUAGCCUAGUGGCAUUGCUCCCUGCCCGACGUUGUUCUCUAGGUGAUUAAUUUCUUCUUUUUCUGUCCUCACCAUUUGAUACAUUUGUGGAGAAAAACGUACACAUGUAUAAGAGUGAAUGGUUUUUAUAUAUAGUCUACCUGUUACACCAGCAUGUAUUGGACAUAAUUAUCACAUUAUCAUUGAUAUAGGAUGUACGAAACAUCUUAUCAACGAAAAUAAGGUUCGUAAAUGACCGAGACUUGAUUAAUUCGUUCGUGGGUUACCAAUUUCCAAUUUCACAUAGUAACAAUUUCGGGACCAUUGCUCCAUUUAGUUUAUUACAACAUUACAUUAUAUUGUAUAAUUACAAAUAUUUUUUAUGUAGUAUAUUUACACUUUCUUUUUUAAUUUGUUAAUUCAUUUUUUAUACCAUUAUUACAAUGGUAGCAUUAAUGCUGCGUUAUUUUUACUUAUGAAACACUAUAACAAAGUCGCAAUCAGUUUUGUUUAUUUAAAGUAAAUUCACUUCAUUCAAUCAUUAAAAUGAUUUUGAAGUUUUAAUUUCGUCCAGUUAUUUACAAUUUCUGAUAAUAAUUCAAUUUUUAUUAUGCCUGUAUCAAUUACACUAUUGGUUAACACAAAAAAAAAAAAAUCAUUUGGUUAACUGAAAAUGAUUUUUAUCGUUCGGAAAUAGUAAACAGUACCGAAGUACUUAAAUAAAAUUUUAUAUUUCUUUAUUUGUAAAGACUUAGGCAAAGAUUUCCGUAAUAAAAAGUUAAAAAAUUUAUGAGUAAUUAAUAUGAUCAUAAAAUCAGACACUGCCUGAUCUUUAGUCAAAUUAC